AGGGCGAUGAUCAUUAAAGAGUUAUUUUUCACUUUGUGCAAUCUUGAUGCAAAUACAACUUCAGUUAAAUUUUCCAAGAGCUAUCAGUUACUAAUGCUACAAGUACAAUAUUUCACGGAAAAAAGGACCACUAAUCUGAGUUGUUUAGAAAGAUGUAAAACUCUUAGGGAAUGUCAAGAUGUCGCAUAAUUCUACCUUUAACGGUCGAUGAAUACCAUGUUGGACAGCUCUGGGCUGUUGCAGAGGCAUCCAAAAAUGAAACAGGGGGUGGGGAAGGAAUAGAGGUUCUGGUAAACGAACCAUUUAAUCUUCAAGUCAAUCCUCCUGAGUCACCUUUAAAAGCUAAUGGGGAAGAAUUCUCUUCUGGGCAGUACACUCAUAAACGCUUUUAUCUGGCCGGUAAGGUACCUGGUUACGUACGUCUGCUUGCGCCGAAAGGAUCACUUGAAAUUGACGAAAAGGCCUGGAAUGCUUACCCUUACUGUCGUACAGUUUUACAGAAUCCUAAAUAUAUGCAAAAUAACUUUACUCUGAUGAUUGAGUCUAUGCACGUACAAGAUAAAAUUGAUAUCGAAAAUAUUCACGACCUUCCACCAAAGCUCCUGGCUCAACGAGAAGUUGUAUAUAUUGAUAUUGUAAAUGAUCAGUUGCACAGUGCUUCUGACUAUGACGCAACAUGUGAUCCUAGAAUAUAUCAGUCAGUAAAAACCGGUCGAGGUCCAUUAGUAGGCCCAAGAUGGUGGGAAAAUACAGAUCUGCCAAUAAUGUGCGCCUACAAACUUGUCACAUGUGAAUUUAAAUGGUGGGGUAUUCAAGGCCGAGUUGAAAAUAUGAUACAGACUCAAGAAAGGCGAAUUUUCCUUAAUUUCAACCGUCAGGUUUUUUGUUGGCUUGAUAAAUGGCACGGACUUUCUAUGGAUGAUAUACGGACUAUAGAAAAUAAAACUAAGGAAGAAUUGGAUGAACAACGCCUUGUCGGCAGUAUUCGUGGCACUGUGGCUCACGACUGA